CUGGUCAGCGGUAUUGUCCACCCAUGGAAGUCUUUAAGAGUUGCUGCAGAGAAGUUAAAAAAGGUUGUGUGAGACCAAACAGCUCCCGGUAUUAUCUCUCUUUUGUUGAUCAAUGUGGAGAGGGGAAUCGAUCAGAACCAGUAGAACCUCAUCUGGUAGUCCAAAUGGGCACAGAGAGUUCUGUACUGUACCAGAAAACCUGCCUCGACUAUUGUUUUGAAAAACCAAUAAAGGUGCCUUACAUCACUACUGCUUUGAUGGAUGCGAAGCUUGGCACGGAAGGGCGCAAGGAUCUUUUUGAUUGGCUAUCAAGGCAACUUAGUGGAUUAAGCAAUUUUCCUGAUGCUGUAAAUCUGAAUUAUGUAUUGUUUCAAAUUGUUAUGCUAGAUGGAUGUGACUUGUGAAUGAAAACUUAGAAUAGUUGUAUUGUGUCGAAUGUUAAUGAUUCAGUUAAUUUGAAUGAUACUUUAAAAUUAUAGGUU